UUUGCUUUAACAAAAUGAACGUGAUCACCGCUGUGAAAUAUUAUGUGGCGAAAAUGACGGAAGAAAGCGGCCCCGGCAUGAAGGUCUUGCUGAUGGAUAAACAAACGACCAGCAUCAUUAGUUUGGUCUACAGUCAGUCUGAAAUUUUGAUGAAGGAAGUUUAUUUAUUUGACCGUCUUGAUGCUGCAGUACGCAACGAAGGACUCAAGCAUUUAAAGUGUAUUGUUUUUAUAAGGCCUACAGAAGAAAAUGUCAGAUUGCUCUGCAAUGAACUCCGGUUCCCAAAGUAUGGAGUUUAUUACAUAUAUUUCAGUAACAUAAUUCCAAAGACAGACAUAAAACUUUUGGCUGAAAGUGAUGAACAAGAAGUAGUUCGUGAAGUUCAUGAAUUUUAUGCAGACUACCUGGCCAUAAGUCCACAUUUAUUUUCAUUGGGUAUUAAUGGAUGCUCCAAAAGUUUGAACUGGGAACCAACACAUUUGCAAAGAACCGUACAAGGAAUAACAGCAGUAUUAUUAUCAUUGAAAAAGUGUCCCCUAAUUCGUUAUCAAGGUAGUUCAGAUAUGUGCAAACAUUUAGCUGAAAAAAUUCGAUACGUCUUGACUCAAGAGUCUAAUUCUUUUGAAUUCAGACAAGAGUCCAAUCCUAUACUAUUAAUACUUGAUAGGAGAGAUGAUCCAGUUACACCUCUUUUAAACCAGUGGACAUACCAAGCCAUGGUGCAUGAAUUGUUAACAAUUAAUAAUAAUAGAGUAGACUUAUCUAAUGUCAAAGGCAUUUCAAAAGAAUUAAAAGAAGUUGUGCUGAGUUCGGAACACGAUGAAUUUUAUGCUAAUAAUCAAUACCUGAAUUUUGGUGAAAUUGGACAAGUAAUAAAAGAUUUAAUGGAAGAGUUUCAAAAGAAAGCUAAAAAACAUGAAAAAGUAGAGAGCAUUGCAGACAUGAAAAAUUUUGUUGAAACAUAUCCAUUGUUUAAAAAAAUGUCUGGGACCGUUGCAAAACAUGUAACAGUGGUUGGAGAACUUUCUAACUUAGUUGGAACUCAUAAUUUAUUAGAAGUAUCUGAAUUGGAACAAGAACUUAGUUGUCAAAAUGAGCAUUCUUCGCAACUUCAGAAAAUUAAAAGAUUAGUUAGUAACACAAGAGUGCGUGACAUUGAUGCUACUCGAUUAGUAAUGUUGUAUGCUUUACAUUAUGCAAAGCAUACUAAUAAUGACAUAGCUGGCUUAUGUUCACUACUGAAGAACAGAGAUGUUCCAGAAAGAUUUACAAAGCUUGUAUACAGUAUACUCGACUACAGUGGUAUUUCUACUAAACAGAUAAAUUUGUUUGAUAAAGAAGCUGUUGCUAAAAUAACAAAAAAAUUAUUCAAAGGAUUGAAUGGAGUUGAUAAUAUUUACACACAACACACUCCUUUACUAAAUGAAACAAUUGAAGAUCUUAUAAAAGGCAAAUUGAAUCCUCAGGUUUUUCCAUAUCUUGGAAAUGCAGUAUUGACAAGAAGACCCCAAGACAUAAUAGUAUUUAUUAUUGGUGGCACAACAUAUGAAGAAAGUUUGGCAGUCCAUAAUUUAAAUAAACAAAAUCCAGGCAUAAAAAUAAUUUUAGGUGGUACCACAGUGCAUAAUUUUUCUAGUUUCUGUGAAGAAAUUGAAGCAGCAAUGAUUGGCGUCGUACCAAGAUAUAGACCAAGAAGUAUUAGAGAACGUAAUGAAGAUUAAAUUAA